UCAAUCUAGUAUCUGGUUUAUUUUAAACUGACACGUUUUGCUGAAGGAAUUUCUCCCUUUGGAAGCAUUUACAUGAUUUCAAGAUGAAAAAACUUAUGAGCCGAAACACCAAAAAUGUCUUGGUGGUCUCUUUUGGAUUUUUGCUAUUAUUCACAGCAUAUGGAGGGCUGCAAAGUUUACAGAGCAGUCUCAAUGCUGAGGAAGGAAUGGGUGUGAUAUCGCUCAGUGUCAUCUAUGGAGCCAUCAUUCUGUCCUCGAUGUUUCUGCCACCAAUUAUGAUCAAAAAUCUGGGCUGUAAAUGGACCAUUGUCCUUUCUAUGGGUUGUUACGUGGCAUACUCUUUCGGAAACCUUGCGCCAGGCUGGGCCAGUCUGAUGACUACCUCUGCCAUCCUGGGAAUGGGAGGUUCACCGCUGUGGUCUGCAAAAUGCACUUAUCUUACAAUAAGUGGAAACAGGCAAGGCCAGAAAUACAACAAAAAAGGCCAGGAUCUCAUCAACCAAUAUUUUGGAGUCUUUUUCUUCAUCUUUCAGUCUUCUGCAGUAUGGGGAAACCUCAUGUCAUCUCUGAUAUUUGGCCAGGACCAAAAUAUAGUUGAAGUCCCCGAGGAGAACCUGGAGUUCUGUGGUGUGUCAACAUGCCUGGACAAUUUCACUGUCAUAGGAAACUCAACCCGUCCAUCAAAACACCUCGUCGAUACACUACUAGGCUGUUACAUCGGUGUGGGGCUUCUGGCCAUUAUUUUCGUGGCGGUGUUCCUGGACAACAUAGAUCGAGAUCAGGCUAAAGAGUUUCGCACUACUAAGGGCAACAAAUCCUUUUGGAGCACCUUUCUGGCCACCUUCAAGCUCCUGAGAGACCCCAGACUGUUGCUGCUCAUCCCGUUGACUAUGUACAGUGGAUUUGAGCAAAGUUUCCUUUCUGGCGAAUACACAAAGAACUAUGUGACUUGUGCGUUAGGAAUACAUUACGUUGGCUUCGUGAUGAUCUGCUUCGGAGCUUCAAACUCUCUGUGUUCAUUUGCGUUUGGGAGACUGGCUCAGUACACUGGAAGAAUCGCCCUCUUCUGCUUGGCUGCAGCAAUAAAUCUGGGCUCUUUUCUGGGUCUUUUGUACUGGAAGCCUCAUCCAGACCAGUUGGCCGUCUUCUUCGUGUUUCCAGCCCUCUGGGGAAUGGCGGAUGCUGUGUGGCAAACACAAACCAAUGCACUUUAUGGUAUCCUCUUUGCUGAGAAUAAAGAAGCAGCUUUUGCCAACUACCGCAUGUGGGAGUCACUGGGUUUCGUCAUAGCAUUUGCUUACAGCACAUUCAUCUGCCUGUCCACCAAGAUCUACAUAGCUUUGGCAGUUCUGGCUCUUACUAUGGUAACUUACCUUUAUGUGGAGUACAACGAGUACAAGCAUCCGACUCCACAAGUCACUGAGGACUUCCUCAAACCAAUCAAGCCCGAGCUGAAAGACAACAAAGAAGACAAUGUUAUUUCCCAGACGCAACUGUAAAUAUAUUUCUGGAUGAUAUUUCUGCAUUUGUAUAUACGGUUGAAGUCAAAAUGAUUCGCCCUCCUCUAAAUUUUGUUUACUUUUUCAAAUAUUUCCCAAAUGAUGUUUAACAGCAAGGAAUUUUUCACAGUAUUUCCGAUAAUAUUUUUUCUUCUUAUUUGUUUUACUUUGGCUAGAAUAAAAGCCGUUUUUAAUUUUUAAAAAACAUUUUAAGGUCAAUAUUAUUAGUCCCUUAAGCAAUAUAUUUUUUUCGAUUGUCUACAGAACAAACCAUCAUUAUACAGUUACCGCCCACUUUAUCAGGUACACCUGUCCAACUGCUCAUUAACGCUAAUUUCUAAUCAGCCAAUCUUAGUCAUGUAGACAUGGUCAAGACGAUCUGCUGCAGUUCAAAUCGAGCAUCAGAAUGGGGAAGAAAGGUGAAUUAAGUGACUUUGAACGUGGCAUGGUUGUUGGUGUCAGACGGGCUGGACUGAGUAUUUCAGAAACUGCUGAUCUACUGGGAUUUUCAUGCACAACCAUCUCUAGGGUUUACAAAGAAUGGUCCGAAAGAGAGAAAAUAUCCAGUGAGCGGCAUUUUUGUGGGUGCAAAUACCUUGUUUAUGCCAGAGGUCAGAGGAGAAUGGCCAGACUGGUUCUGCUGGUCUGCAGAAGAGCAUCUCUGAAAGCACAAAAUUUCGAACCUUAACAUGAAGGAUUAGGCAGUUCUGAAGGCAAAAUUGAGUCCAACCCUGUACUAGUAAGGUGUACCUAAUAAAGUGGCCGAUGUAUGUACAAUGAUUUGCCUAAUUACCCUAACUUGCCUAAUUAACCUUGCUAAGCCUUUAAUUGCCAUUUAAGUUGAAUACUAGUAUCUUGAA